CUGGAGUGGACGCGCAAAGUGGGGGCGCACUCCUGAGCCACCAAAACCCUGCUAGUGAGAAGCGCAGCUGUAGCUGAGAGAAACACUGGACACACCACCCACGUCCACCCCAACUGGCUUUUUGUGCACAAGCCUUGACUGUUUUCGUUGAAGGAAAGUUUUGUGUGUGUGCUUUUUUCUCGGCGCCGUUUUCUUUCUUCGCACCCGUGUCACCCACAAAGAGCAGAGGCAUAUUGUCUGUGGCGCAGCGCGACAGUGCGGUGUCCGAUUACAAACCGUGCACAGAGGAGCCACCGGCACAGAGCGCUCCUCUUUGAAGAAGAAAUAGCACAGAGGGCUCCGGAGGGACGAGAGAGCGCAGGGGGAUCCGUGCAGAGGGGGAAGGAGUUUACCGGGGUAGAUUUCUGGCAAAAGGCACAGCGGAGCUUAAGAUAUCUCAUCUCCAGCUCACCUGUAUUUUGUUGUUUCUCCUUACCACUCUUCUCAUUGGAACAAGGCACGCAGCCACCCUCAUUACUAGAUGAACGGGAGCUUGGCACUUCACCUGGUGUGUUUCUCCAAUAGUCUUGGCCCCUAAGGCCUGAGGAGAAGUGAGCCAAGCCCCAGGGCCCCAUGGGACACCCUGUUAUCCAGCAUGCACUGCUGCUGCUGCAGUGCAUGCUGGUUCUGCAGCCCGGAGGUGUGGCCAGUAGGAGAGGACCGGUGCUGCUGCCUGAAUCACCCUGUCACAAGACAGAGCAUCCACUCAUUCCACACUCAGAGAUGGAGCCGUGGAUCUUCAGGUUCAAGGCAGAGGGCACAGUGGAUUAUUCGCAGCUGACCUUUGACCCUGGCCAGAACGAACUGAUCGUCGGUGCCAGAAAUCACCUCUUCAGGCUCAGUCUGGAAGACCUGACACUGAUCCAGGAGGCUGAGUGGCACUGCGAUGAGUUCACAAAGGGAGCGUGCUUCAGCCGUGGAAAAUCUGAGGAGGAGUGCCAGAACUACAUCAGGGUGCUGCUGGUGAAUGGGAACAGGCUGUUUACUUGUGGAACCAACGCCUUCACCCCCAUCUGCACUAACCGAACGCUGACUAAUCUGACAGAGAUCCAUGAUCAGAUCAGCGGGAUGGCUCGGUGUCCUUAUAACCCACUCCACAAUUCCACUGCCCUCAUCACCUCCAGCGGGGAGCUUUAUGCUGCCACGGCCAUGGACUUCUCUGGGCGAGACCCCGCCAUCUACCGCAGCCUGGGCGGCCUGCCACCGCUGCGCACUGCCCAGUACAACUCCAAGUGGCUCAACGAACCAAACUUCGUCUCUUCUUACGACAUUGGCAACUUCACCUACUUCUUCUUCCGGGAAAAUGCAGUAGAGCAUGACUGCGGCCGGCUGGUGUUUUCCCGCGCAGGGCGUGUCUGUAAGAAUGACAUUGGUGGCCGCUUCCUCCUGGAGGACACAUGGACCACCUUCAUGAAGGCCAGGCUGAACUGUUCCAGGCCAGGAGAAAUCCCCUUCAACUACAACGAGCUGCAAGGAACAUUUUACCUUCCUGAGCUGGAGCUGCUUUAUGGCAUUUUUACUACCAAUGUAAACAGCAUUGCUGCAUCUGCGGUGUGUGCCUUCAACCUCAGUGCCAUAUCACAAGUUUUCAACGGGCCUUUCAAGUAUCAGGAGAACUCGCGUUCGGCCUGGCUGCCCUACCCCAACCCCAACCCAGACUUUCAGUGUGGCACCAUCGACUCUGGCUCCUAUGUGAACCUGACUGAAAGAAACCUACAGGAUGCUCAAAAGUUUUUGCUGAUGCAUGAGGUGGUCCAACCUGUGGUUCCUGUGCCCUACUUCAUGGAGGACAAUGUGCGCUUCACUCAUGUGGCAGUGGAUGUGGUGCAGGGGAAAGACACGUUGUUUCACAUCAUAUACUUGGCUACUGAUUAUGGUACUAUCAGAAAAGUGCUUUCCCCACUCAAUCUGUCCAUGGGGAGCUGUCUGUUGGAGGAGAUCGAGCUGUUUCCACCCAGGAAGAGGCAGCCGAUCCGAAGCCUGCUGAUCCUCCACAGCCGUAGUGAGCUUUAUGUGGGUGUAAGAGACCAGGUCAUCAAGAUCCCACUGAAGAGAUGCAGCUACCACAAGAGCAGAGAAGCAUGUGUCGGGGCCAGGGACCCAUACUGUGGUUGGGAUCUAUUGUUGAAGAAAUGCACCACCCUGGAGGAAAGUGUCAGAAUGAGCCAAUGGGAGCAGAGCAUCACCAAAUGCCCUGUCCGUAAUGUGACAGUCGAUGGAGGCUUUGGCGCUUGGACAGGCUGGGCCACAUGUAGCCAUAAUGAUGGCGGCAGUACGGGGUCUUGUCUGUGUCGGACACGAGCCUGCGAUAACCCCACUCCUCAGUGUGGUGGCCAGCAGUGUCAUGGGAUCAGUGUGGAGGUCGCCAACUGCUCAAGAAAUGGAGCGUGGACUCCCUGGACCUCCUGGUCUCCCUGCAGCACCAGCUGUGGCAUUGGCUUCCAGGUCCGCCAGCGCUCCUGCAGCAACCCGACGCCUCGCCAUGGAGGACGAGUGUGUGUGGGUCAGAACCGUGAAGAGAGGUACUGUAAUGAACACCUGCCCUGCCCACCUCAUGUCUACUGGUCGGCCUGGUCGGCAUGGGAACGCUGCACUGUGCCUUGUGGUGGAGGUAUCCAGUCACGACACAGAACCUGUGAGAAUGGCAACGACUGUCCCGGGUGUGGUCAGGAGUACCAGUCAUGCAACACCAUGCCCUGUCCGGACCUGAAAAAGACCACACCGUGGACUCCAUGGACACCCGUCAACAUCUCUGACAAUGGCGGGCACUAUGAGCAGCGUUUCCGCUACACUUGCAAAGCUCGCAUCCCCGAUUCCAGCCUGCUAGAAGUGGGCAGGCAGAGGAUUGAGAUGCGCUACUGCUCGAGUGAUGGAUCUACCGGCUGCUCCACUGAUGGUGAAGUGCUUCGUCUGGGGAGGAUCUCAGGCCACACGGUGAACGGUGGCUGGUCGUCCUGGAGUUCCUGGUCCCAGUGCAGUCGAGAUUGUAGCCGGGGAAUUCGCAGCAGAAAGAGGGCCUGCAGUAACCCAGAGCCCCGGUACGGAGGUCAGACCUGCCUGGGGCCAGCUCAGGAGUAUCAGGAGUGUAACAUCACCCCUUGUCCAGUGGAUGGCAGCUGGUCAUGCUGGUCUUCAUGGUCUAAGUGCUCUGUGACGUGUGGAGGGGGACACUACAUGAGGACGCGAACCUGUAGCAACCCACCACCGGCUUACGGAGGGGACAUCUGCCUGGGCCUGCACACCGAGGAAGCACUGUGCAACACACAGUCCUGUCCAGAGAGCUGGUCCAGCUGGUCAGAGUGGUCCCACUGUGACUCCAACGGGGCCCAGCUGCGUGUGCGUCACUGUGAUGUCCUGUUUCCCACUGGCAACCAAUGCUCGGGAAACAGCAGCGAGACUAGGCUGUGUUCUCCUGACUCCAAUUUUAUACCAGAAGUCUCGAUUGCACACUCCAGUCAGGAGGAGAGGCACUGUGGAGGUAAUUUAUAUNNNAUGAUCGCUGUGGGGCUCAGCAGCUCCAUCCUUGGCUGUCUGGUUACCCUGCUGGUCUAUUCGUACUGCCAGCGCUACCAGCAGCAGUCACACGACGCCACUGUCAUCCACCCAAUUUCAGCCGCGCCGCUCAACACCAGCAUCACCAACCACAUCAACAAACUAGACAAAUAUGACUCUGUGGAAGCCAUCAAGGCCUUCAAUAAAAACAAUUUGAUUCUGGAGGAAAGAAAUAAGUACUUCAACCCACAGCUUGCCGGGAAGACCUAUACCAAUGCAUACUUCUCCGACCUCAACACCUACGAUGAUUAUUAACCUUUGAUCCAGCAGUUCAGAGUCCAUGCCAUAGUGUGAACACCAACCCUAUCAUCCAUUUUGACUGUAUUCUUUUCAUUGUGAUUUGUAUUACUAUUCAUGACACCAUCUACAGUAAGACUCAGUGGCAGCUGAUCUGUAGUGAAAUCAUAGACACACAGUGUUGCCAACAGAGGGAAAUGCCCACUUUCUCUCAGGUGCCUUGUGGUACACUUGGAAAGCUUAAUUUCUGGGGGCAACUCUUGCUUUGACUCGCUGUGAAACGGACAAUUGGAUUUCCCAUUGUGGACAAAAAAGGGGAACAUGAGAACUUAACUCCAAGAGACUAUGGGACAUAUGAUUCCUUUGAACUUUCCUGUGAUGCCUCUAAAACAGACCUGUAUUUGUAAUGAUGGGAAAUAACCACAAACCGCUUUGCAUGACUUCAUCUGAUGUGUUUUCUCUGCUGUUUUGUUUCUUUUGCAUGGUUGAUCACAUUCCAAGGUUGUGGGAACUGGCCUUUGGUUCCGGACGGGUUUUGGAAGUCAUAAUAUUAAAGGCUGUGGUGAUUCCAGGCAGCUUUUAAACUUCUGCAGCAAUCCCCACCUAAAUCGAUAUCCAACCCCAGUCCUUGAAUCGGGAUGUAGAUAUCGUUUUUGUUUUGUUUUCAAUUACAUGCUCUUGCAGGGUCUAGCAGAUAGCAGUGACUAAACUAUCAUCGUGAAGCCUUUUGUUGUUUUCAGAAUUUUGUUUUGCAUUUCAAGGUACAUAUGUUUUUUGUACAGGAAAUUAAUUUCAAAGCCUCUGUCUGUAGUUUCUCUAAAUGCAUUUAUUCACUGUCUUGAGGGUUUAAAGAAUUAAUCAUUUUCUUUUGUAAAGAAAGAAAGUGUAUGUGAAUUCUGGCAAGUCAUCAGGAGUAUUUAUAUCUGUCUGCAUCAAGUUUAGGUUUUGUCACCAUACUUUUUAAAUUUUUUUUGUAAAAAAAAAAUGGUUUUGAAUUUUAAUAGUGUUAGCUAUUCUUUUUUUUUUCCUUCUAUGUAUUUCUGUUGUUCAAGAUGUUCAUGGCAUUUGCUGUACAGGUGAAGUGUAGCAAAUUCCUUCCGAAGCCCAACUGGAGUGCUACCCAUAUAAUAUAAGAUGAAAUCCUUUCAUCUAGUUAAGAUAUUUCUGUUCAGAGUAUAUAACCAGAUAGUAGGUAAUUCAGUGGUUCAGUUGCAAUUAACUCAUUUUACAUGUUUGCUUGUGUUACUGUGCAUAAAUUAAA